UCAUACGUUGUUGAUCUACAGAUGUCGCUUGAGGCUGUCAUAAAAUAACAACAUGCACUCAUUUUACGGCCGAAGCCUCACUACAAUGAACGACGGCUUGUUUCGUGUAGUUCUCCUACUACUGGUGUUGACAAACGUCACGUCAGCCUCGAAGAUACUGGUGAUGGCUCCCACGCCGUCCAUUAGCCACCAGAAGGCCUUCCACGUUGUAACAAAGGCGUUACUUGAAAGGGGGCAUGAAGUCACCUUAUUCACGACGGAUCCACUCAAGGUAAAUCAUCAGAAUCUGACCGAGGUCGAUCUGUCUUCGUCGUAUAAAAUGAUCAGAGAGUUAGACAUCGUAGGCAUGGCUGACGUGACACCUCUGGAUGUACUCAUGAGCUUACUAGCGAUGCCAUCGCCGAUCAAGUCUCAAUUGAAAGAGUCAGCAGUACAAGAUUUCAUCAGGAGAAACCACACCUUUGACUUGAUGAUCCUCGAGCGUCUGCCUUACCAAGGCUACUAUGGACUGCACCACAAGGUUGGCUCGCCACCGCUCGUCGGUUUCGUGACGUUGUCUGCAUACUCGCCUGUGUAUUACGCCUUGGGCAACCCCAUGAAUCCAGCCUACAUCCCUGAAAUCUGGGAGGGCUUCUCUGAUCACAUGAACUUUUGGCAGCGCCUGUACAACACGUACUUUGCACUACGUUUCCACUAUAUGUGGUUCUACAAAAUACUUCCGCAGCAGGAGGUGAUUAUGAGGGACCAUUUCGGAGCGGAGCCACCUUCUGUUUACGAAACGGAGCGCAACUACAGCCUGCUCAUAGUCAACAACCACUUUACCACGGAGUAUUCGCGGCCGCAUCUACCGAGCGUCAUAGAAGUGACGGGACUCCACGUAUCGACCAAGGCUGAACGAUUACCAGAGAACCUACAGAAAUUCAUAGACGGAGCCGAACACGGCGUCAUCUACGUCAGUCUCGGAUCCAACGUCCGGAGCAACGCAUUGCCCCGGGAGAAGUUCCAGGCUUUUCUGGAGGCGUUCAGACAGCUGCCGCAACGCGUCCUCUGGAAGUGGGAGAACGACACACUGCCUUCGCAGCCGGAGAACGUGAUGGUCAGCAAGUGGAUGCCGCAACAAUCCGUGCUGGCUCAUCCAAACGUCCGCCUUUUCAUAAUGCAAGGAGGUCUUCAGAGUAUGAAUGAGGCGACGUACCACGCUGUCCCACUUGUGGUCAUACCUUUCUUCGCCGACCAGCCGCACAACGCCGCCAAGAUUUCGCAGGCGGAGAUCGGCGUCAGGCUGGACUACCAUGACGUCACUAAGGACAACCUGCUGGCCGCUGUACGGACCGUUCUGGAUGAACCAAAAUACGCAGAAAACAUGAAGAGACUUUCUGCCGUAUACCGCGAGCACAAGGCGGACUCCCUGGAGCGCGCCGUGUGGUGGAUCGAGUACGUGAUCCGCCACAGAGGGGCCCCUCACCUGCGCAGCGCCGCCCUCGACCUGCACUGGUGGCAGCUGAUGCUGCUCGACGUCAUCGCUUUCGUUCUGGCUGUCGCCGGCCUCACACUCUGCCUCGUCUACUUCGUCACGCUGCGGGUAGUCUCCUUCUUGAGAGGCAGCAAACAAAAGCAGAAGCAGAAGAAACAGUGAUGUUCUCAGGACAACGUUUAAGCAGUCACUGUAGGUUUAGCGAAGUUUACUACAGUUCUGAACCUUUAAAGACAUUUCCUGGAGAGUGAAAUCAUGAUUUGUGUCGGAUGAUACGUAUCGUGCCACUGAAGCACUACUGUCAAAUUUGUGUAAGACCUUCUCAUGACAGCAGUAGUGCCAAUGCAGACAGCACUUUGCGGUGGAAACAGAUUCUAGUCUGUAAAUCUCACAUUUUUGCAGUAGCGUAAUAUCUCUCUCUUUUUUUUAGACACUUUGUUGCUUGACUAUCCACCUUGUUUCAAAAAUAAACAAAAUACGUAACCCCUUUUCAGAUACAAUUCACAGUUAUUUCCGUUUCCAAACUGUUAACAUUUCAUAAAUACACAAGAACAACAGUUUAAAUCGUACAUUAACUGUAAUUUAAAAUUAUCAUGCAAGUAAAUUUAUACUACAACAAAAGUAACAUCACAAUAGUUAUGGAAGACUGCUUAAUUAUUAAUAUCUACAUAAGUGUGUACAUAAUAAAUGAACUGAGUACACAUAUUAUGUUAGACCUGUGCCUUACUGUUGGACAAGCAUUUAGAAAGUGAUCUGUAGAGAUUUUGUCUAGAGAAUGCUGAAUUUCUCUGCUCUGUAUCACUAUCGGGAGUUGUACUCACUUUUUUUAAUAAAGUUUUUUCUUUUAUA